AACAUACGUCAUGAAUUUUGUAAUGUCUGACUCGCAAUAAAAAUAUUUGAUAUAGUAUUUGUUUUUACUCAUUAUUUAUCAUUAGAAGCAUAUAAUUGUAGAUAUUGUAAGAUUCACUAGAAACCGAUUUUAAAUUUGAGUAUAUGUCAACGUACAAGUAGGUGAUGAAGAGGAUAGUUUUUAUUGUUGCUAACUGAGAUACAUUUUAUUAGGAAGAAUAUUUAUACGAGUUAUAAAACAGUUCAAAAUGGCAAACCUAGGAGGUAAUGUACUACCUAAAUUUCGUGAUAAAUUUAAAGUAACAACAAAAGAUAUAUUACGAUGGUUUCCUGGACAUAUGCAGAAGGGUAUAAGACAAAUGGAACGACAACUGAAAAAUGUAGAUUGUAUCAUUGAAGUUCAUGAUGCCAGAGUUCCAAUUUCUGGUCACUAUGCUGAUUUUAAAAAAACUUUAACUGGGAUAAAGCCACAUAUUUUUUUAUUGAGUAAAAUGGAUUUAGCUGACAUGACACUUAAAAAGUCUAUAAUCCAAAAUUUAAGUCAAGAAAAUUUAUCCAAUGUAGUAUUUAGUAAUUUAAAAGAUAUGAAUUGCAAAGGAGUUAAAAAUUUAUUACCUUUAGCACAAAAAUUAAUUAAAGAAUCAAACCGAUUUAACAGAGCACAAGAGACUUCAUAUCAAAUAAUGAUUAUUGGUGUUCCAAAUGUAGGAAAAUCUUCACUCAUUAAUCGUUUAAGAAAUGUUAAUCUUCGUAAAACUAAUGCAGCACAUGUAGGUGGUGUUGCUGGCAUUACAAGAUCUGUAUCAACAAGAAUACAAAUAUCAGAAGAUCCAAAAAUUUAUGUCUUAGAUACUCCUGGAAUUUUAACUCCUAAAUUAAAUGAUGUAGACACUGGUUUAAAGUUAGCAUUAGUCGGUUGUAUGCAAGAUCAUUUAGUAGGGCCAGAAGUACUUGCAGAUUAUUUAUUAUUUUGGCUAAAUAAAAACGGAAAAUUUGAAUAUGUGGAAAAAUUAGGUUUAACAGAACCAAAUGAUGAUAUAUUAUAUGUUCUUACAUAUACUGCAGCAAAAAUAAAAAAAACUAUAAGAAUAAAAAACUAUGAUGGACGAAUUAUUAUGAAGCCGGAUAUAAGAUUCGCGGCAGAACAUAUUGUCUCCAGGUUUAGAAAAGGAGAAUUAGGCUAUUAUUGCUUAGAUGAAGAUAUAUUAAAAUGAUCAAUAAAAGUAUAAUAUCAAAAAUAACAGCAAACAACACAAUUAAUAUU